AACCAAUUCAGUAACGCGCACCUUGCGAUUCUGCUGGAGUGGAGCAGAAAGUAGCGUCACUUUCUUCAUCGUCACAAGGAACAGAACCAGAGUGACAGCUUUCUGACGUCUAGUUCUUCGUUUACAAUGUCGUUUCAAACACUUAUAGAAUAGACAUAACUAUUUUUAGUUAUUCUUCUACUUUGAUUCGAUUCUCGAACGCGGAGAUGCAGUACUGGAGGCAGUGCGCAUUGUGGCUGAUAAACUGCAAGGUGCUUCCUCCGACCCAUCGGGUAACCGGGGACAGUGCCCAGRUAUUUGACUUGGCUCAGACGCUCCGGGACGGGGUGCUGCUCUGUCAGCUGCUCAACAAUUUGAAACCACACACCAUCAACCUGAAGGAGAUUAACCUUAGACCACAGAUGUCUCAGUUCCUCUGCUUGAAGAAUAUCCGGACUUUCCUGACAUCCUGCUGUGAGGUGUUUGGGAUGAAGAAGACUGAUCUGUUUGAGGCCUUCGACCUGUUUGAUGUCCGGGACUUUGGAAAGGUAACAAAGACAUACCGCGGCCAACUCUCCGCUCUGUUUGUUCAUACCUUUACAAAAAAGUCGUACAGGAAGUCCUGAAGAAUAUAUAUCCUGCAGGAAUAGGAAGUCCUGCAGGAUAUCCCACAGGAUUUUCGUGGCCACUUUCCUGUAGGACAAUUCCUGCAGGAAUCCUGCAGAAUCAUGUAGGAAUCAUGCAGGUAGUCCUUCGGGAAAACAAUCUUGCAGGAAUCCUGCAGAAUCAUGUAGGAAUCAUGCAGGUAGUCCUUCGGGAAAACAAUCUUGCAGGAAUCCUGCAGAUAGACCUCAAAUAAAUCCUGCAGGAUUGUUUCCUGAAUGACCAGCUGCAGGAAUUGUCCUACACCAAAAUGGCCCCCAAAUCCUGUGGGAUAUCCUGUGGGUGAGGGUCCUCCAGGUAAUUCCACAAGAUUUCCAGGGCGGCCAUUUUCCUGUAGGAACACCUGCUGGAUUCCUUCCUCAUCCUUCAGAGAAUUUCAUGUAGGACAAUCCACAUUCUUUCAAAAGAAUGGACAAAUUGCACAAGAUAUAAGAUUGCAUGGCAAUGUUAUUAUCCAAUGAAGCAACAGCUGAUGUGUUGGAUUGGCCAUUUCACCAUAUUAUUUUAUGCAGAUUUAGCAGAUUUAGAAUAAAUAUGGUAAAGGCAUAUUUUGUAAGAAGAGUGAGAAUAACGGUGACAUCACGUGAAUAGCUUAUGUGUAUUGGUGUGAAGCGAAACGGAUGUCUGCAAUGGUAAACGUGGUGAUAGUUGGUUUUAAUAUGGCUGGUACAACAACAACAUCUGACAGUAAUGCAUGUGUGUCAGGCUCCGUUUUAAAGGGAGAAAUGAGAGGUUGAAACUGUGUGUGGUGUUUCCUUCGCCUGCAUGGCUGUUGUCCAGUGCUGCCUUCUGUGGUAGUCAGUCUCGCAGUUGUUUACAGGCUCUGUCUUAACUGGGGAGGACAGGAGACAGACGACAGGGGGCAGAGUUCAGAAUAUCACUACAGAACAUCUGUGUUACAUGAAAAACGGCAACAAAAUAGUGCACAUGAUAUACUGUAGUAGUGAAAGACAAGCUACUCACCUUUAACUAGUAGACCACUGGACUAAUGGAGCUUUAACUAGUAGCGCCACUGGAUUAAUG